AUGCUUCCUCCACUUCCCAAACUCAGCAAAUACGGAAUAUCUCCAGAAUAUGGAUUUCUUCCGGCUGAUUUACCUCUCGAACGACUUCCCGAUCCAUACUACAACAAAUGGGAGGCGAUCAAUGCAAACCUUCAAGGUUUGAUUUUGAGUAAACGCCUGCGCGGUGUUAUUGAUCGUCUGCCAGUUCUUUCGACUGCCGGUCUGGAACAUGAUUCGGAAUGGCGAAGAGCAUAUUCGUUGUUAUGUUUCAUGGCGCAUAGUUAUAUCUGGGGUGGUGAUAGCCCUGAAGAGAACUUGCCGCCAUCCAUUACAGUCCCCCUUCUACACAUUUCAAACUACCUGGAAGUACCACCAGUCGCCACAUAUGCUGCCGUCUGUCUCUGGAACUUUAAACCAUUGUUCGCAGAUGAACAUGUCGACAAUUUAGAGAAUCUUGCCACUCUAACCACAUUCACCGGCUCUAUCGACGAGUCUUGGUUUUAUUUGGUUUCAGUGGCAAUCGAAGCUCGCGCUGCUCCCGUUCUUCCGCUCAUGCUUACAGCAAUUGAGGCGGCUCGUAAGAAUGAUAGCAGGACUGUUACAUCUUGUCUUCGAACUUUUGCGGAGAGAAUCGAUGAUCUUGGAACACUCCUUCAACGUAUGCAUGAAAGCUGCGAUCCUCAUGUGUUCUAUAAUCGAAUUCGUCCUUUCCUCGCUGGUAGUAAGAACAUGGAAGAAGCUGGAUUACCAAAUGGAGUUUUCUACGAUGAGGGUAAUGGAGUUGGUCAGUAUCGUCAACUCUCUGGGGGUAGCAAUGCUCAAAGCUCCAUUCUUCAAUUUUUCGACAUUGUUUUAGGAAUAGAACAUCGACCCACGGGCGAGAAGAAGGAUGCUGCUUCAGAGAGUGAAGCCGAAGGCGCAGCUCCACGAACCAAGCACAACUUUCUUCUCGAAAUGAGAAAAUACAUGCCAGGAGCUCAUCGACGAUUCCUCGAAGAUAUGACCGCCGUGGCCAACAUUCGCGGUUACGUCGAAGCGCAUACCGAUAACCAUGAACUCUGUCUCGCCUACGAUGCUUGUCUUGCCAUGUUGCGUACAUUCCGCGAUAAACACAUCGCCAUUGUUACACGUUACAUCGUUAUCAAAUCCCGUGAAUCUCACUCUCAUUCCCGCUCCAUGAGUCCCGAGGCAACUCGUAGCCGAAAGGUAGAUAUUGCAACGGCAUCUCGUGGAAAAGGUGAUGACGAAGAGAAGAAGAGAAAAUUGAAGGGAACAGGUGGUACGGCGCUUAUCCCCUUUUUAAAACAAGCGAGGGAUGAAACUGGAGAACCCACAAUUGAUUCUUGGGCGAGAAGAGUUAUAAAUAGAGAUCUGAAUACGAUGGGUAAAGGGGAUUUCUUUGUGGGAAAACUGGAUGAACAACCCGAUGGCGGAUUGGAAUUGGGUGGAUUGGCUGGAACAUGGACUUUGGACGAUGAGGUUGGUGGAUUGUGUAGUUAUUAA